AUGGCCGACUCAGAGACUCCCCUCGCAAAUUCUGUGGCGGCGCCCCAUGAGCCCCCUCACACAUACACAGCGAACAACGGCUACGGCGCGUCUGUCAGCCAAGAAGUACCUCGAAGUUUGGGCGCCCAGAGCCAAGAUGCAUUUGCCGUUGAAGAGGAGGACGAAGACGACCUAGAAGAUAUCUUCGACGAUGAAGAUGAUUUCGGCAAUGCAGACACAGGAGACAUCACCAAAAACUACAACCGUCAACGACAAUUCCAGGAUGGCGGCGUUGCGUUGCUGCCGAAAUCCAACCAACAAAAACCCGCUGCCAACACCUUUGCCAGCGUGGAUGAUCAAAUAUCUGCACUGUCCAAACAUGCGGCGAAGAUCAGACUCGAUGACGUCAAGGAGGGCCAAGUAAGAGAGAAGGACAAGGCCGACCGCGCAACGAGCGAGCAGGUGCUGGAUCAAAGAACGCGCAUGAUCCUCUUACAAAUGAUCAACCGAGGUUUUGUAAGCGAGGUGCACGGUGCUAUCAGUACAGGCAAGGAAGCAAACGUCUAUGGCGCCGUUGCCUUUCCCGACAUCAAUGGGCCACCUGUACACCGAGCCGUCAAGGUCUACAAGACGGCCAUUCUCAGUUUCAAGGAUCGAGAGCGAUACAUAACGGGCGAACACCGAUUCAAGUCCGGCGCCGACAAAGGAAACAGCCGCAAGAUGGUGAAGCUAUGGGCAGAGAAGGAGUUCAGGAAUCUGCGUCGUAUACAUGCCGCGGGCAUUCCGUGUCCAGAGCCCAUCCAGUUGAAAUUACAUGUGCUUGUGAUGGAGUUCCUUGGAGAUCGUCGAGGUUGGGCGUACCCACGACUGCGUGAUGCCUCCAUUCCUUCGGAUGACGUGGAACAGCUCUGGACAACUCUCUACGUCCAAUUGUUGGGCAUGAUGAGACGUAUGUACCAAGUUUGCAAGCUGGUCCAUGCCGAUCUGAGCGAGUACAAUAUUCUGUACAAUGACAAACGCCUCUACAUUAUCGAUGUUUCGCAAAGCGUUGAACACGACCAUCCGCGGUCGUUGGAAUUUCUACGCAUGGACAUUAAGAACACCGGCGACUUCUUCCGGAAGCAGGGUGUUGACACGUUGUCGGAUCGAACCGUCUUCGACUUCAUCACUGCUCCGGAAGGGCCUGUGGAAGAGCCUGGAACGGCAGAAACGAUCAAGCUUCUCUACACGUCUCGCUCCUCUGAUGAAAACGACGACAAGGCUUUGGCUCAGAUAGAAGUUGACAAUGAGGUCUUUCGAAAUCAGUACAUUCCGCAAACACUCGACCAGGUUUACGACAUUGAGAAGGACGCGCAGAAGAUAGGCGAUGGAGAGGGAGACCAACUGGUAUAUCGAAAUCUUCUAGCAGACCAAGCGGUGUUGCCCAAGGAUCCGAAUGCAGAGGGAGACGAGGCAGAGGGUGCGGAUAGUUCGGGUGAUUCUGGUGAUGGCGCAGCACUCGACAGCGAUGACAGUGAGGAUGAAAGCAGAUUUGCCAAAGGCACGCCGCGGGGUAAGCGGUUCGAGGACAAAGAGGAAAAGAAGCAACACAAGCAAGCUGUCAAAGAAGAAAAGCGAGAGAAGAGGAAAGACAAGAUGCCCAAGCAUCUCAAGAAAAAACUCGUAUCCUCAAGCUCUAGAAAGAAGAAAUAG